AUGCUCCGUGUAUUCUCCUCAUUCUCGGGAGAACUGGUAAUGGCCAUUCGCUCAGAGCAGGCUUCCAAUAUAGCUUCUGUAAAAAGGCAUCUGCAACGGGUACAUGGCAUCUCCUGUUACAGGCAGAAGCUACUUCACGACGGCAGGGUUCUAGCAGACUCUGAGGAGAUUACAUCGCCUGUCGAUCUCCUCGUGGUUCUGCUGCGCUUCGGGGAGGCUUCAGCACAAGAAAUGCAACGGUUCCAGAACGCCGCGAUCCAUGGUGAUGUGCGAGUGAUGAAGGAGAUGCUUCAAAGUUGCCACGACCCCAACUGCUCACAAGGCCUAACACCACUUGCCGUUGCAGCUUGUUGUGGCCAUCUGGAUGUUGUGGAGCUAGUGCUGGAGGCCGGUGCUGACACGAACAAGGGCGACGAGAGAACAGGGUUGACAGCCUUGGCAUUGGCCUGCCAGAAUGGUAGGUUGGAGGUUGCCAGGUUUCUGCUUGAGUCGGGUGCCGACAAAGACCAGAGCACCAGAACGGGGUUCACGCCGCUCUUUACAGCAUCUUGCCACGGACACAUUGAAGUUGUGAGAAUGCUGUUAAGCGCCGGUGUCAACUUGGACAUCGUCGUGGAGUCUGAGAAUGUUUGGGAGUGUGGCACGCCGAUUCUCACUGCUUGUCAGAAAGGCCAUGUGGAGAUUGCCAGGCUAUUAGUGGAGGCUGGUGCGGAUGUGGAAAAGCGUUCCAGAAGCAGGGGGAAAACUCCGUUCUUCCAGGCAGCAAUCUUAUCUUUCGAGAUGCCGCCACUGUCUGAGCGGAUGAACUUUGCGUACUACAUGUAUGCAGUUGCAACGGGGUCGUCUUUCAGAUGCAGGCGGCAUGUGCAGAUCGUGCAUUUGUUGCUUGACAACGAAAGACGCCUGCUGUCGCGCCUCUGGAAAAAAUUCGUCUACUACGUCCUCAUCAGAGUGGGCCUCAUCUUGCUCGUUCUCCUUCUCGUCAUACCUGUGCGGCUCAUUCGUCGCCUGCGUAAUAUAUAG